CAGCUUCGGGGUCCGGGGCUGAGGGAGCGGGACGGAAGUGAGUGGGUCCCGCCCCUUCCCCCCUCGUCUUCGCUGGAGCCGCUGCCGCUACAGUCGCUGCCUCCUCUCCGGCGAGCCGGAGUCUCCGUGCCGUACCCUCGGUCCCCGGCCGCGCGGAGCCGGGAUGCACUGCUCCUGCUGUGGGUCCUCAUCAUGGAGACCAAACGGGUGGAGAUUCCCGGCAGCGUCCUGGACGAUCUCUGCAGCCGAUUUAUUUUGCAUAUUCCCAGCGAGGAAAGAGACAAUGCUAUCCGAGUGUGUUUUCAGAUUGAACUUGCCCAUUGGUUUUACUUGGAUUUCUACAUGCAGAACACACCAGGAUUACCUCAGUGUGGGAUAAGAGACUUUGCUAAAGCUGUCUUCAGUCAUUGUCCAUUUUUGCUGCCUCAAGGUGAAGAUGUGGAAAAAAUUUUGGAUGAAUGGAAGGAAUAUAAAAUGGGAGUACCAACCUAUGGUGCAAUUAUUCUUGAUGAGACACUUGAAAAUGUACUACUGGUUCAGGGGUAUCUAGCAAAAUCAGGCUGGGGAUUUCCAAAAGGAAAAGUAAAUAAAGAAGAAGCUCCUCAUGACUGUGCUGCUAGAGAGGUCUUUGAGGAAACUGGUUUUGAUAUCAAAGAUUAUAUUUGUAAAGAUGAUUACAUUGAACUUCGAAUCAAUGACCAGCUUGCUCGUUUGUACAUCAUUCCAGGAAUUCCAAAAGACACAAAAUUUAACCCGAAAACCAGAAGAGAAAUUCGGAACAUUGAGUGGUUCUCCAUUGAGAAAUUGCCCUGUCAUAGAAAUGAUAUGACCCCGAAAUCCAAACUUGGUUUGGCACCUAACAAAUUUUUUAUGGCCAUUCCCUUUAUCAGACCACUAAGGGACUGGCUUUCGCGGAGAUUUGGAGAUUCCUCAGACAGUGACAAUGGAUUUUCCUCAGUCGGUAGCACACCAGCUAAACCCACUGUGGAAAAAUUGAGUCGAACCAAAUUCCGCCACAGUCAGCAGUUGUUUCCUGAAGGUUCUCCUGGUGACCAGUGGGUAAAGCACAGGCAACCACUGCAGCAAAAGCCAUAUAAUAAUCAUUCUGAAAUGUCUGACCUUUUAAAAGCGAAGAAUCAAAGUAUGAGGGGAAAUGGCAGAAAACAGUAUCAGGAUUCACCUAAUCAAAAGAAAAGAACAAACGGGGUCCACAGCCAGCCAGCCAAGCAGCAGAAUCCCUUGAUGAAAUGUGAAAAAAGACUUCAUCCACGAAAACUUCAGGAUAAUUUCGAAACAGAUGCUGCAUAUGACUUGCCUUGCUCCGGUGAAGACCAGUUGCUAGAACAUGCCGAGGGACAGUCUGUGGCAUGUAAUGGUCAUUGCAAGUUCCCCUUUUCAUCCAGAGCCUUUUUGAGUUUUAAGUUUGACCAUAAUGCUAUAAUGAAAAUCUUGGACCUUUGAAAGCAGCAGAUGUGUUGUGGAAGUCCCAGCAUCAGAGACCUGUUGCAUUUGAGUGGGUGUCUCUUUGAGCCUUACCUUUCUCAGGUGUUUUAAAGAAAUGCAGGGAGGCAAUGAUGUUUCUGAAGAUAACGUUCUCUGCAGAAGAGAGAGUAGAAAGAAACAUGAGUUUGCACUGUAAAUGCAGUUAAAACCUUUUAUACAGAUAUACCUUUUCAGUGUUUGGCUAACGAAUUUAAGUUGCUUUUUAUGAGAGCAUUUUUUUCUGUGUGAUUGUGAUUUUUAUUUCGUGUUCUGGUCAAGAAAAUAGUGUUUGAGUCAUCAUCAGGUAGCCAAGUUAAUGGGAAUGUUCCAUCUAUCCAUGACAGUGACUGCAAUUAGAGUUUGCUUAUGUUGACGUUUUUAAAAGAAACUUAAAAUUCACAAAUAAUAAAUGAAUGCAAGAGCUAAAAAUGUCACAGAAGUCAAGAUCACAGGUCAUCUGCUUUGGUGGCAUUUUGCGCAUUUCUCUGCUUCUAACCACUCGGGUUCUCUAAUCCUCCUCUGCUGGGAGAUUUGUUGAAAGGUUUAUUUAGAGCCAGCAUCUACUGUGUAAUGUUCAUGUUAAAAAUGAACACAGCACUUCAUUAAAAGACAAAGUCCUCAGCCUGGAGAGGGACUGAGUUGGUUAGGUGGGGGGAGUACACUCUGACUUGGAGUUGAGAGCCUUGUGCAGUCAGCAAACCUGGGAGAGUGGUGGGGAGAGGGGAGCGUGGAGCAUGGAGGCCGGGACCCGGCAACUGCUUUGGUGGCAGCUGCUUUGGUCUUGUCUUCACUGUCCUGCCACCAGCUCUUCAGUAUUGUACAAUGGUUUCAUUCCUGUGAAAAUUUAUUCCCUAUUACAGUUGUGUAAAUAUGAAUGGAAUACUGACAUUAUUAGGUUUUACAUUGCAUCUUGGUGUUGAUCUCUGGAAACUAAUGUUGUAUUAGGUUCCAAUUUGCAGUAGCAGCAGAAACUGACAUGCUUUUAUGAGCAUGCUGAAGCCCCUGGAUGAUGGAGUGAGAAGGGAAGGGGUAUGCGGUUCACCCAAGUACAAAUAAAGCAUUUCACUAGGGGACGAUCAGAACAUGAAGGUAACAUACAUAACUCACUUCUAGGACUGUAUUUUGCUCUUUCAGGAUUCUUAAAUCUAAAUAAAGAUGGCAAUGCCCAUUUUAAGAAGAAUUUCAGCUCUAAUUGAGGACAAUCGCCAGAACUUUAAAAGGGGGCUUUAGUGUUGGGGCUGCUUCUGACCUCAUUGAAGGUAUUUCUUUUGGGCGUGUUAUGUGUGAGCAUAUGCGUGCGUGUGCAUCUGCCAUGUGGGUUUUAAAAAUCUUUUUUUACAUGUGGUAUCCACAGAAUAUAUCUCUGCUUGUAAAUUUUAUUGUAGAAAUCUUUAUUCUGUAUAGAUAGCCUAUUUAAUAGGGGUUCUAUUUAACCCAGUGGGACUUUCAGAAGAAGUACUAUUGUAAGGAAUUCACUUGGUAUUUCUUUGCUUUAGCUUUUAAAUGGCUUGAUUAAAUUUAAAGGAGAAAUUCUAUUUAUUAAUAAAAGUGUCACCCUCUUGGUGCUAAGCAGGAGAAUUCACGAUUACAGCAGUGUGUUUAAAAUUAGGUUAUUCAUAAUCCUGCAUCUUUUAAUGUGACAAACUUGUGAAUCCUUCUGUGACCUUUUUUAAAAUGCGUUAUAUGAUUGCUUUUGGAAGCUCUUACUGUUCUUUCCAGAAAUACAGCUGCUUUGCUUGGGUCUCCUUGAGCCAUAUUUAUAGUUGGUCCCAGCAUUCCAGAUUUCUAUUAAAUUGUUAAGGGAGUGAAAACUUAGUUUGCCUGGCAGGUAAAUCAUUUUCACUCAUUUACUGUCAUCUGGAAACCAUAUAAUUUUUAGUAAUUUUGUGUGUGUGUGUUUGUGUGUGUGUGUGUGGUUUUUGUUUUUUGAGUAUUUUGGUCAAUCUUUCUGGUGCCUAGAGUUGGGUUUUUCAGCUCUUAAUGCAAAAGCAAAAGAGAUUAUAGUUAGUUACCAGAAGUAUGUCCUCUAAAGGUGUUGAGCCUUUUCAAGAACCAACAGAUUAUCUCUUUUCAAUUACAGCAGUUUAACUAUGGUUAAAUGUUAUUGCUGUUGUGCUGCUUCAUUUAAUGCACUGUGGAACAAAAUAAGGGUAUUGUUGGGAUGGGAUUUUGGUAACUUGAGGCUUUUAGCUCUCUUGACAGUUUGAGAUAAAGAUGUGAGUUAAAGUUUAUGUGUGUGAUGUGACUUAACUAUGCAGAAAAUGUAUAAGUUGGAUGUACCUGUUUUAUGUACAUCUGCUAUACUUAUUCCCUUGAACCUGUGUAUUAGUUUCUCAGUGUUCAGGUUACCUUGAGAAAGGCCAUGCUUAGCACAGAACUGGAUUUCUCCUUUGAGAAAUUUUAGCAUGGUUUGAAGAAAUCAAGUGAUAAAGGAGUGUGCUGAAUAUGCAAUAAUUUACUUCUGUGUGCUGCAUUUUAAGAAGCUAGAUGAGAAGAGUAGUUGUGUUGGCUUCAUUGUGUUUUAUGUCUUUGAGAGGAAAAAUAGGUCUUUGAAUCCACUUUUUAAAUGUUCUUAUGUUCCAACCUUACAUGUUCCAAGGUUCAGUGCACUGUGAAUCUUUUAUUUUUUUAAAUUUUGUAGAUGCUUUUAUGUAUAACUGUAAUGAUUUGUAAGAUGUUAAAUGAAUUUUUUUGUACUUAACCAUUGUUAUCCAAAAGAUAGGGGUAUAGUUUACAUGCUUUCACAAGUUUUUGUUAAGAAAUAGCAAAUGAAUGGUUUUAGGAUUUCAACCAGUGACACUCUUCCUGAGACAUAAACUGAAUAGAACCCUUAGCAUGGGUGAAAUUUGAAGAGGUUUGAAACUUAAGUUGGAUUUUCAUGUUAAUAUAUAAAAGCAAGUCUCCUAUGUUGUCAAGGGAUUUGUGGUCACUGCUUGCUGCUUUGAGCUUUGGAUAUUCUUAUUUUUCUAUUAAAUAUCAAUUAGUAAGUGCAGAUAAUGAAGAUGUAUAGCAAAAUAUAGCAAAAAUACUUUUAUGCUAUAAGAUUGGGUUGGUACUUUGUCUUUUACGGCUUUAGUAGUUUGUGCGUAAUAUCAAAUAAAAAACUCUUAAGUGAAUGACAUCCUUCCACAGGGAUUAAAUUUAAAUUUUAUUAUAAAGCUCAACAUAUUAUGGUGGUCUUUAGAGAAGUUCAGGUCUAAGUGCAUGUACGCAUUAAAAACAUUUCAUUACCUAAGUCCCUCUUUUUUGUUUUUGUUUGUUUCCAACAGUUAACUUGAACAGUAUGCAAAGUCAAUAUAAAAAUUAGACUGUUUUGCCAAGUUACUUUUCUUACUAUGAUAAUCUCUCUUAGCUUUUUAUCUUUAUUUUUGUACCAGUACCUCCCUCUGCCUGUUGAGAUUUUGUUUUGAUCGACAUCUAUUACGUCUCUGUGUUCUCUGAGGCAGUGUUUUCUUUGCAUAUUAAUCAUAGUUACAAGGUCAGAUUCAUUAACAUUUUUAUGAUUGAAGAAAAGUGUCACUUAGUGAUUUUGACUCGGAUUAUAUUCUGGCCUGGGGAAGGGGCUCAUAUGUAUUGAUGUAAUUUUAGAUUAAUGAUAAGCAAGACAAAGUCUUAACUUUGUCUGAAGGUACCAAUAUCCUUUACCUUUAAGUAUCUCUCUAUGGCUAAACAGGUGUUAGUAAAACAACAGUUUUGUUAAACCUUAUUUCUGAUAGCUUGGUAAAGCCUAGCUAGAGUUCCUCAUUUUAUAUUCUGUCCUAAGACUUUAAAGUGUAUUUGUAUAGUUGCUGAGAACUCUAAAAAUGAGAUUAUGAUGGCAUCAGCAUCUUCCUAGAAUUGAGUUGCUCUUGAAGUUUAUACUCGGGUGUCCUGAAGAUGGCAGAUUGCAAAUAGGCAAUAAAGGCUCUGUCCCUUGCUUUCAAAAUAAAGUUUUGGAUUGCCGUUUCAAAAUAUAGGAUAGGUUAUUAUUAUACAACAAAAGUGCCCUGAAGGGAGGAGAUAGCUAUAGUGAGAGUAUAAGGAAUAAAUUUUAGAAGAUAAACCAGUUCUUGAGUGCUGUCUGUUGUAUUAGGCUAGAAACAUGAUAAUUGCCUCGGCCAAGCAGUGUCUAAUAUAUGUGGCCAUUACCAAGUGUUUUCUAGCUCUGGAUAAAGUUGUUAUUUUUUUAUGGUUGCCAAGCAAUCCAGUAAAUCUGAAGUACUUUUUCUCACUUUAAAGAUCGAUGUUUGGGAGUCUGGUCCUUCCUGUGCUGAUAAUUUACAACUGCAGCCACACUGAAGUGCUCUGCUUUCUUACAGGAACAUAAGUCAGAGCACAGCCAGCCAUGGUCAGGUGUGUGACAUAGCCACUUCAUGAGGUAGCUGUACAUUCGUUCUGAAGGGUGAUCCAUACCUUUCCAUCGAGCUGUCUUGUGACAAACAGCAUUUACUAUUGAAACAGUAAAGCUAGGGAAAAGAAUAAAGCUACCUCUCAUACAUGGGAGUGGACUUGAAGGGCUGGCUUCCACCAGCGUAGUUGCUCAGACUUUAAAGUACAAAGAAAUGUAAAUAAAAACUAUGGUAAAGUAUGGAAGUUUUAUUUUGAGAGAUGUUUAUAAUUGAAUCUUUAAUCUGGUUAGCAGAGGGGAUGGUUUAGCAAUGGUAGCGGCUUGAGAGCACAAUCUGAAAAGAAUCGACCCGCGCAGAGUGCUUGCAUUAGCUGUGUAGUAUUGGCCGACGGUGCUUGUGGGAAAGGGAUUGGAUGCAGGAAUCAAUUACCUUGUUUUGUAACUUCGUCCCACGUGGACCCUCCUCUUAGUAGAUUUCUUUAGUCCUUUGGUCCAAUGGAAGAAUAAGGCCCUGAACAUAUAUAUAUGCUGCUUUUUUGGUGGGAGGGCUCUUGUAGGGGUUUGGGUGUUGUUUUGAUUAUUGGCUUCUGAAGUCAGGAAGAGGCCAUGGAGUCCCCACCGCUAUCCCACCCGCCCUUUGUAUCUUGUCCCUUCUAUAGAAGAAUAGUUUGUGCUACAUCCUUAUGGUAAAUCUGCCACUGUGGGAAUUUAUAUGCAGUGAUCAUAUCUUACCCUUCAGAGAUGAUCUCACUCAACCCUUGGGCCACAAGCAGAGAGGAAGGCUGUGGAUACCAGUGCCGUUUUGGGUCUCAGUGCAUGUAGCUAUCAGAUUGAGAACAAAGAAAAUUGUGGUUCUAGGGUGAAAUGGGCAGUGUUCUGCUAGUCCUUAGUCCUUGAGAGGUCUUAGGUAACAGUCUUAGGUUGUGGACUUUCUGAGGUAGAAUAUAACAUUUUAAUUUAAUCUGCUUUUAAUUCAUUGACUGAGGUUCUGAAACAAUCUCUAGCUACAAACUAUGGUGUGAAACAUUCUGGGCACAAAUCUACAUUUUUAGUCAUUUCUCAAGCUUUAAGAAAUUAGUUCUUUGUAAAAUAUCUUGGUUUAUAUUAUUCUUUUGUGGUAAUUUUGGCAUCAGCUAUGGAUGGCAGCAAAUGAAAGUAAAGGUUCUCAACUGAAUGCAGUUUAGCAAGGUAGUAACUAUUCCUCAGCAGUUUGGUUAAAUGUUAAUACUUUUUCAGUGAAUGAGUAGCAGUGGACUUGCUCUCUUCAUGUCCUGUAUAUAUAAUGUGCACUGAUAGAAAAGCACAAAAGACAUAUCUACAAGUUUCUUUGUGCAUUUCACUACUGUCCUAGCGCACUGCUGUCUCUGUUGUUCAUUUUAAAGGUUUGCAUUUGGAUGCUGUACAAGUACCUUUUAAUUUCAAAUAGAAGUGUCUGAAGAACUGAGUCUUUAAUUUUACUUUUUUGCUCAUAUUUCACUUCAAAGUUAGGACAAGAGAUAGCUAACUGACUUUCCAUUUUCUUACAGACUUUUCCUUCAGUAACAGGGAAGGAAAAUAAAACCAUGAACUAUUUUGUAUAUAUAUAUUUGUGUAUAUAACACACAUUUAUGUAAUAUACACACAUAUAUAUAUUUUCUUAUGAUUGUGUUUGAAGUUUAUUAGCUUAAUACCUUAUAAAAAAUCACCUUUGGUAAUUGACAUAUACAAUUCAGAUUUAAAGGUUUAUGUGUUGGCUUUAAUGUAAACUUAAAACAGUCUUAUUUCAGAAUAAAAUGAUUAAUCAAAUGGAAUUAUAGUUCGUGUAUUAACAAGUGAAAUCCUAUAUAAGAUUGUCUUUCAUGCAGUUUAGUUUGGAUGGGAAAGGGAAUAAGAAUUUUUUUUUUUAACCUUUUUUAAUCCUACUACUUCCAAAACAAGGGUUUGAAGUAUCUUUUAUGCUGCAGAGAUUAGGUAAUGUUCAAGGAAGAUGUGUAGUCUUUAAACAGUUUUCUUGGGAGAGGGUUUUAGUCUGAAGAAGGUGAAGAUAUUUAUGCUGAGUCAUGUUAAAUUUUAUGUGGGACCUACAAAAGCUGGUAGAAAAAAAUUGAAAUGGUUUCACUAAAUAUGAUGUUGAGAAAACUGGACUUUAGAGUGAAUGUGACUAGAUUUGUAAACUCUUAGUACCUUUUUGUCUUAUGUGAAAUGAUACAACAUUUAAUUUUUGCCUUAAUUAUCACAGCGUUUUAUGACUUCACCUUCUAGGGCAUUUUAAUGUUUGGAAAAAGACUGUGUAAGUAAACCAUUGGGAGUAAUUCUGCCUGUGGUAGUAAUGAAGUUCCUGGUGCUUGUUUUGGUUAGUCGUCAAACAAUUAGAGCAGAAAAGGAACCUCAAAAUAGCUGUGGGAUUUACCUUGUUGUUAUACAAAUUGAUACCUUUUGAUUGGAUUUAUGGUGUUUCUGGAUUUACUACAUUCUGGCUAAACAGUAGCUUUGUCUCUUUCCCUCAGUGUUAAUCGAAGGAUGAGGACUGAUUCUCACUUAUAUUGGGUGUGACUAUCAUAAAUUAAGAAUUUCCAGUGAGUUUAAAUGUUUGCAGGAUUAUCAUACUGCCAGAGUUGACUAGCAAUGCCAGCUGUACGCUCCCCUGAGAAAAUGAACAAAGUCCUGUGUCUUAACAGUUAUUCUUUUUUGAAAGCUUUUUGAUGUAAAUAACACCAGUUUAGAAAUGAAAAACAUUUUAUCUUACAGAAUACAAUUUGAAUGAAUGAAGGUUUCCUUUUGUAUUUUAAAACAUUUUUACAGUUGAUUGUUCAAAUAUUGGCUUUCUGUAAAAAUAUUAUCGUGUUAAAUUUAGGCUGUUUGUAGUGCAAUAUCAAUAAAUUUUGCUGCUUAGGCAGUUUUAAUUACUACCUUAACCUGGUUUCUGCUACUGUUACUUGUUUCAUAGGUUCCAAUUUACUCAUAUUUUGUCUCUCUUUGGACCAAUAAAAAAUGACAAGUAUGAGAUAAAGGUAUGUUUAUAUGAUGGGAAGAACUGUUAAAAGAGUGUCUCUGCAAAAGUGAAAAUAAAGAACUGGUAUGUAUUCUCCAUCUCAAA